AUGUACGUUCUCAAUCCGAAGGCUGCAUCUUCUGGAGGUCCCCUGUGUACUCUCACAUCUUCACUAUCAGCUGUGUUUGGUGGAGAUGCAGAUAUCCUGACCUACACAUCAUAUGAGGGAGGAAGUGUGAACAUCAGCUGCCCAUAUGAUGCUAAUUACAUAGACAACACAAAAUAUCUCUGCAGAGGAGAAUGUUCCGUACUAACACUGAUUGGAAAAAAAGAUAAACCCAUUGAGUCUGAAAAGUCACCCAAAUAUGAAAGAUUUUUUUUAAAUGAUGACAAAAGAGCCAAAGUUUUCACUGUUACUAUCACAGAUCUGCAGGAAACAGAUAAAGGACACUGUUUUUAUGCUCAAUUCUCUUAUUUGUCCUCUGAUUUAGUGUCGCAUGUUUCUGGUGUAAAAGGAGAUCAGCUGUCUGUUCAAUGCCAUUAUUAUUAUGGUGUCAUCAAUAAUGAAAAAUUCUUUUGCAAAGGAGAAGAUUUGACUUUCUGUGAAACAUCUGGUGUCAAAGUUUCAAGAGGGAAAAAUCCAAAUAGUAGAUUCUCUCUGAAUGAUGACACAUCUGCAAGAGUUUUUACUGUGACCAUCACUAAUCUGACAGAAGAGGAUUCUGGGAUCUACUGGUGUGGAAAUGUACCGAAAGGAUCUCAACCAGCACAUAAGAAGUGGAUUUCAGCGAUCAAUCUGACGGUAUCUGAAGCUUCAAUCACAUCAGAGAGGACAUUAAAUACACCAACAACCGCUUCAUUUCACACCACCAAACCAGCAUCUACUCAUUCUUCAUCCAGACCGACCGCAUCUUUAUCAUCACCUUCAUCUUCACUGAUCUUAUUGUCGUCAAAACCACAGUCAAGUUUAAUGUGGAUCGUGAUUCUGUUGUUUAUUGCGAUGUUGAUGUUGUGUGGAUUCCUCUUGUUUAUUUACUUCAGGCGGAGUAAAACAAACAAAGGAUUGCAGCUCAGUGGUGUCACUCGUGGCUCAGAUGGGAAUCUGAACAAUGUACAGUUAAGAGAAACCAGAGUCUCUGUCUGUGAUCAUGAGGAAAUUCAGCUCACAAAUGAUCAUUCUGAUUUUAGUUUGGCCUCUCCUGUAUCUGAUGAAGAUGAUGCUUCUGUUACUGUAGCACAAUAUAUCUUCUGUGAUGAUCUCAACUAUUCCAACAUCAGAUUUACAGACCAUUCAGACAAAACUUUUCCUGAUGGACAAAUAUAUAUAAGUGAUUAUGCAACUGUUAUUUUCUACAAGAUUGUGGGCAUCCAUAAGGAAGCCAACAGAUCAACCACAUUCAGUUUUAAAUCUCAAAAGUAACUCCUCAGGUCUCCCUCUGUAUUCUGAUUUACAUGCUACUGUACAAUCUGGCUUUUUGUUUUCUGAUUAUAUUUGGAUAUUUUGAACAAGAGCGUGGUAUACAUUUCAAGUUAGCAUUGAUUUAACAUCUGUUGAGUUAAAGAAGCAAAUACAAUUGUCAUAAUUUUUGAAUAUGUAUUUAAUUCUCUUUAUUACAUGGCUCUCUGGAAUGCUUGAUUCUGAUUGGUCAGUUGAGACAUUUGCAGGUUCGUUCUUUUCAAAUAAUAACCGCUCCAAAGUAAUAACGCAUAGCCGGUACUACUUGUACGAUUAAAAUCGCUCCGCGCCAAUAAAGAUUACUGUUUGGCGCAAUCUUGUGACAAACACUGGACAACCACAAUUAGAAUGGAACAUUUUGUCAUUAAUUUUAACAUGCACGGAAAAAACAAAACAUUUAAACAGUGGAUAGAAGAACGAACAAUGACAAGACACAGAGAGUUUACUGAGACUGAACUUGACAAAAUAGAGCAUGACAGCUACGAAGCCAACACACAAAAAAAUACAGAAUGGGCAUUAAACUUCUCAAAGACUGGCUAAAAGAGAAAAAAUGGAGACAGACAAGUAUGAAGC